UUGGGGGGGUGUCUAACGUCUUUAUCAUUAAAAGUGCUAAAAAAAAAAAACACAUCCACAAAAAGCCAAUGCUUCAUUUCAUAGUAUUAAUUAAAUCGAUUGAUUACCUUUUAAACAAUGUUAGAUUGGUAUAUUAUACAGUAUGUCGUCCAGAAUGGAAACUUGAGAACCCAGAUCGAUGUAUCAUAAGAAUAUACACCCCUAGUAAAUACCGCAUAAAACAUUACUCUCUAAUGUUUAGCAUUGAUACGCAGUGUACGCAUGCGUACUGUUGCCCCUGCCUUGUGAUGGACACUUCCUGGUUGUGGUGACGUAUGCCGGGUUCGGCGCUCAGUUGUUCGAUCCCAGGUGCUAACAGCACAUCCUGCACCUUCUUCGCCCCCUUCCUUCACCUCACCGCGGUCAUCCGUUUUCUCCACACUCGAUCUCCUGGAAAGCAAAGCAAGAAACAGAACAUUACAGACCUUCAAAUGACUGUUUCCCGUUCACGGAAUCGCUUACGUCACCAAUGCGCUUGCGUCACCCACGCAGACGACAAAGAAGGAAGCGGAGGGUGCGGGAAGAUUGAAGAGGCAAGAGAACGUGACAAGGCAAAGAAAGAGAAGGAAAACAAAACGUUAAAAACAGACAGAAAAUGUGCCUAGCCAGCAAGUUGAACACCGUGACGUGUAUCCGUUGUAACGUGGCCCUUAUAAACUACAACAGCACAUCUUAUAUGUUGCAUCAUCUCCUCCCGAAUGGAGCAGAAGAUCAGAGACAAGGAAGUGUGGUUGAACUGCUUCAGAGUGGACUUCUCACAGUCAGCCCUCAUGACUGCCUUGUAAACACAUGGACGCUCAGGGCUAUAAGUGGGUCAGAUGGCGGGUGUGGCUGUGUCGCAUUGUGGCCUUGCUGUCCUUUGGUUUUCUUCUGAUUGUAUUUCGCUGGUUCCCGCGCCUGGCUCUCCUGGCACGCUGCUGCCCCUGCCCUCUGGCACUAGCGGACUUCGUGCUAAUAAGAGAUACUUUUGGCCAACAGCAUAUGGUGGAAGUCCUCACAGAGGAGAUGGAGGAGGGCAGUUUGGAAUUAUUGGGAGAUUCCGAAGAGAAUGGAGAAUGGAGAGACACAGUUCAGCUCUACAAAGAGAAGAAAACGCUGCUGCGCUACUACCUGUUUGAAGGGCUGCGCUACAUAUGGCUGGACACGAGGUCAUCUUUCUGUCGUGUUAGUGUCCUCAAUGACGAUUGGACCGGCAAGGACCUCCAUGGCUUCAAAAAAGGUUUGAGUCAAUCCGAGCAGAUUGUGAGGAAACAAGUGUAUGGACCCAACCUGAUUGAUGUGCCUGUGAAGUCUUACUACACACUACUGACCGAGGAGGUCCUCAACCCCUUCUAUUUAUUCCAAAUAUUCAGUAUCAUCCUGUGGUUGUUUGAUGAAUAUUACUUCUACGCAGCGUGCAUAUUUUUUGUCUCCAUGCUCUCCAUCGGUAUCUCACUUUAUGAGAUUCGCAAGCAAAGUACCACUCUUCACAGCAUGGCCCGCUUGGUCACAAAAGUCACAGUGCUAAGAAGCUCAGGAGUACAGGAGAAUGUCAGUUCGGAGGAGCUGGUACCUGGUGACUGCAUAUGUUUACCCAAGGAUGGUCUGCUGCUACCUUGUGACGCUGCUCUGCUGAUCGGGGAGUGUCUUGUCAAUGAAGGCAUGUUGACAGGUGAGAGUGUCCCAGUGCUGAAAACCCCCCUGCCGGCUUCCGACAGGAGAUAUAUCUCAGAAGCUGAGCGCAAGCAUGCACUGUUCUGUGGAACACAGGUCAUCCGGGCCAAAGGUGGGGGGCCCACUGGUGCUGGUGGUGUCGCCAUCGUCACGGGCACUGGGUUUUAUACCGCCAAAGGUAGCUUGGUCAGCUCCAUUUUGUACCCUCAGCCUACCAACUUCCGCUUCUACCAAGAUGCCACCAAGUUCCUGAUCACGUUGGGCAUUUUGGCUUUGUUCGGGACCAUUUACAGCUUGGUUGUCUUCUCAUGGUUUGAUAUGAAUUGGAUUGAGAUGGUAAUUCGGGCUUUGGAUUUAGUCACUAUAGUCGUGCCUCCGGCCCUGCCCGCUGCCAUCACCACUGGCACAAUCUACGCCCAGCACAGGCUCAAGAAGCACGGCAUUUUCUGCAUUAGUCCGCCGCGCAUCAACAUCAGUGGCAAAGUGUCGCUCUUCUGCUUUGACAAGACAGGAACUUUGACAGAGGAGGGGCUGGAUGUGUGGGGCGUGAUGGAGGGCGGACCUGCCGGUUUCACAGAGGUGGUCUCCGACCCCAGGCUUCUCUCGCCGGGGUCCCUGCUCUCGGGCUUGGCCUGCUGUCACACUGUGACUCUGCUGCAAGGGCAGCCCGUUGGAGACCCUCUGGAGAUGAAAAUGGUCAAUUCCACCGGUUGGUCACUACAAGAGCCAGGAGAGGACGGUGGGGUGUUGGAUGCAGAGUUUGGAGGUCACAGAGUUUUAGCUGUGAUGAGACCUCCUGCAAUGCCGCUUCCUUUUCAUGAAACUCCUGCAAGCGAGCCGGUGGCGAUAGUCCAGAGGUUUCCCUUCUGCUCAGCCCUGCAGAGGAUGAGUGUGGUUACAGUGGCCUGCGGGGGAUGCUCGGUUGUGGCUUUUAUGAAAGGAUCCCCGGAGAUGGUGGCCAGCCUCUGCCGACAAGACACAGUGCCGCCACAGUUCUCAAGCAAACUACACAGCUUUUCAAGUGAAGGUCUCAGGGUCCUUGCUCUUGCCUAUAAACCAAUGGACAAAUGUGCUAAUCUGAGCACCAUUGAACGAGGCGAGGUAGAGCAAGACAUGUUCUUCUUGGGUCUGCUAAUGAUGAAGAACCUGGUGAAACCAGAGAGCAGCAAGGUCAUCAAAAUGCUAAAGACGGCAAUGCUUCGUACUGUAAUGGUCACAGGAGACAACAUCCUAACAGCAGUCAAUGUGGCUAAAAGCUGCGGCAUGGUGAGGUCCGAUGAGGUGGUCAUGUUUGUUGAAGCCACCGCCCACACAACUCAGGCCACGGCCACCUUGAGGUUCUACAUGGAGGAUGGGGAGGGAUCAGUGGUCACAACCCGGGAUGUCUACCAGGGAGAUUUUGGCUAUCACUUGGCUAUUAGUGGCACUUCCUUCGCUGUCGUCUGUGACCACUUCCCUGAACAUCUGUCAAAGGUUUUAAUGCGAGCCACAGUCUUUGCACGCAUGGCACCUGACCAGAAAACCCGACUGGUGAAAGAACUACAGAAGCUGAACUACCGGGUGGGCAUGUGUGGUGACGGCGCCAAUGACUGCGGCGCUCUUAGAGCGGCUGAUGUCGGGGUUUCGCUGUCAGAAGCAGAGGCCUCUAUUGCGUCGCCUUUUACCUCCAAGACAGAGAACAUCAGCUGUGUGCCGCUGCUCAUCAGAGAAGGCCGAUGCUCGCUGGUGACUUCAUUCAGUCUCUUCAGAUACAUGGCCCUCUACAGCAUUAUUCAGUUCACAUCUGUGCUCCUGCUCUACACAAUGGGCACCAACCUGGCUGACAUGCAGUUCCUGUUCAUUGAUCUCAUACUGGUAACCCAGCUGGCCAUUGUGAUGGGCAGAGGAGGCCCCAGUAAGGAGCUGAGCCCCCGCAGACCCCCCGCCAAUCUCCUGACCCUGCCCGUCCUGGGCAGCCUAUUCAUCCACAUUUGCAUGGUCAUACUGGGCCAGCUGGCUGCACUCUUUCUCACCGUCUCACAGGACUGGUAUAGUCCCCUCAAUUCCACUGUGUUUGGGGCAGCGAACCUACCCAACAUGGAAAACACUGCAGUGUUUUCCUUGUCAGGUUUCCAGUACAUCUUUGUGGCCGUUGUGGUCACCAAAGGUUACCCUCACAAGAACCCUCUGUACCGCAACGUCAUUUUCCUGUGUUUACUCCUCAUUCUUUUUGCCGCGAUGACUUACCUGGCGUUGUAUCCCGGGUCGUUGUUCAUCAAAGUUCUGCAGCUCUACGACAUCUUAGACUUUAAUUUCAAGAUGCUGAUUGUCGCUGUGGCUGCUCUCAACUUCCUCAUUUGUUUUGUGGUUGAGAUGCUGAUCGACGUGGGCAUCCUCAACUGUCUUCGCUGGCUGUGUCCGAGGCGUUCCACCAAGAAACAGUACAAACGCCUCCACUCACUCCUCUGCCACCCCCAUGCGCCAUCAUGGCCGCCCCUCAAUCAGACACUGUACGCCUCGGUGCACACAGCCACCGUCACCGUAAGAUAGCAUCUGGCUCCUUUUUAGCACAAAACUCACUGAAGACUUUAAUUAGAAGAGCAUACACUACUAUUUCAUAAGUACUCUUUGAAAUUCCAAAGAAAGCCAAAGCAAACAAUUGAUGUGCUGUCACUGGGAGUUGUUGUUGUUGUUGUUGUUGUUGUUCCCUUUAUGUACUGUAGGUGUCGGUAUCGCAUGUGUCAAAUUAUAGCUUAAUGCCAAAGGGAUCACUGACCCAGAUUUCAUUUCAUUUCAAACCCCACACAUUCUGAGCUUUAUAUCUGCACAAAAUCUGAAAAAAAAAAGACACACAUAAAAAUAGAUACACGAGAUUUGAGUAAAAACUGCAUUUAUAUAUAUGGGCAAAAAAAUCUGAGCUAUAAAAAUUUAAACACAAAGUCAGAGUACAAAAUAUACUUACAAAAUUUUGGUUAAAAUUGCAUAUAUAUAUAUAUAUAUAUCCUUACAUUUGAGGAAAAGUUUUAUAUAGGAAAAGAAUAGAUAAUAAAUCAAAUUUGAGCUAUAAAAAGAUAAACACCAAAUGUAAUACACUACAUUUGAGUAAAAAUGUCAUACAAUACAUUUGUGUGUGUGUGUGUGUGUAUAUGUGUGUGUAUAUUAUGGGUGUCAUAAGAUCUCGUGAGACAAAAAUGUGAUGAGAGUUCCCGCUCAGAAAAAAAUGAAAAUCAACUUGAUCAUUUUGCACAUACACACACCAGAAGAGGGUACCCACAUGAGGAGCAAUGCAAGGUAAUGUAGUAGAAAUUAGGAGGGAAAAAGGUGCUUUCAAAACCAAAUGCCACAGCCCCCGUGUGGGAAUAUCCUGGCUUCAAACCGAAUGAGCAAGGUGAGCCCAUAAACAAGCCAGCAUGUCCAAAUUGGUUUGAAAGUGGUAGCAACAAAAAGAACUUGCUGACCUCAAACAUAUCUGCCUGACCCGCCUUCGUUCCGACAGUCAACACCCACUGAGACAAUCGAUGUACAAUAAUACAGUUUAGUGUCAAUUUGUGGGUCAAUAAACAAAGUGCUCCUGCAUCACACACACACACACACACACACACAAAUACACAGUCAAGCCAUAAAUUUGAGAAAAAAAUUGCAACAAAUAAAGUAUUUUAAAAUAGUUCAUUUUUAAUCACUGUGUAAAUUAAAUUGGAAUUGAAAAAUAUACAGUAAAUAAGAGCAAAAAUUAAAUCCAGUAAAAAUGUGUUGCCUGUCAAACAUGUUCUUAUUAACACAGGACACAAAGCUAUUAUGGGGUUCUUUAUUCUGGAAUUGAAAUUUAUGUGGUUGGCUGCUAUUUUCAGAAAAUAUAAUGUCUAUAAAAUAACUGCAGUGGCUCUAUACCCUUAGCGGUCAAUAUCUUCUGAAAGGCCUCAGUGGUAGCAACAGCAACAAUGUGCACAUUUAUUACUAACUGAUAAAAUAAACGUGGGGCAACAGAAGGGCAAACAGUUUUUAGUCUUCUUUCUUUGGAUCAUGUUUUACAAAGUUGAUGGUGCUUUUAUGUCUCAUUACUGCUCACCUCUAUUUGCAUGGUCCUAAUGCCAUAUUUUGUCUCUGUGGAAAAUAUACAUUUGACUUGAUGUGUCACCGUGUGGCUUUUAACAAUAUUCUAAACGGGUUAUCUUUUACACUGUGCUUAAUGUUCUGUAAAGUCGUGUCUUGAUUUCAGUGUAAUUUGGUCCAGAAGCAUUCAUGUCAAGUCUUAAAAUUGAAGCUCAAUGUGAUGCCGCUUGUGCUGUUUAGUUAGCAGUGUGAAUGGAACAUGGACGCUAAAGACAUCAGCUCCUAAUGUGUCGUGUGCGUGCUUUUCGUGUUUUUUUUUUUGUUUUUUUUUUACACAAGAAAUUCACAAUUUUGAUGAAACUUUUACCUCCUUUUAAGAUCCUAGAACAGAGCUUUGCAAAUAAUAUACACAUUGGUGUAUAUAAUUGGUGACAACCUAAUUCCGAUGGUGUCAGAGCAACCCGUCAAAAGCCUGGGCAGAUGGUACAAUGCAAGCCUCAGGGACGAAGACCAAGUACAGGUACUAAGGCACAACAUCACCACCAGUCUGGACACCAUCAACAAGACAAUGCUGCUAGGGAAGCUCAAACUCUGGUGCCUACAAUUUGGACUUCUCCCUAGGGUAAUGUGGCCACUCACGAUCUACGAGGUCCCGAUAAGAACAGUGGAAAAGAUGGAGCAGUGGCUUGGGGUCCCACGUUGUCUGACCAACAUCAGCAUCUAUGGCAAAGGAGUCCUUGAACUUCCUAUCACAAGCCUCACUGAAGAAUACAAGUGCUCUAAAUUGAAACUAC